CUCAGGGCUCAUUGACAAACGUUGCUAAGCACUUCAACGAUCAAGACGUGCGCGCAAGCUCUUUGGCACGAUAAAAGACAUUUUCGAAAACAGAACGGGUAGGGCCAUCACAACAUUUUGUUACGACGCAUUCAUUGCUUUUUUGGUUUGUUUCGGUUUUGACGUAAAGUUGUGUUGUGUUUAUGGUUUGUUUACAUUCUCGGUGAAAACAAUAACAACAAUCACAAAAUAUAAACACAAUUACAAAAAUAACAGCAACAAUGAAUGGUUUUGUUUGAACGAUGAAUACCAAAAAAUAUACAAUUGUAGAAGAGAAUAAAAUUAACUAAAUGAAAAAUAAAAUACCACAAUUAAAUAGUGUCAUUAACCGUGCUGUAAAGGUUAACAAUAAUAAAAAAAAAACGGAAACAAGGCAAAACUUAAAAGUUGUGAAAAAAAAACCUGUAGAAACAUUGACAGACGUUGAUAAUUAAAUUGAGAAGCGAGUGCAAAAAAUCCACCAAAGAAUUUAACAAUUAAAAAAAAUAAGCAAAACUAUAAACGUCUUGUCUGAAGUUUGUGAAUUAGAAAUACAUCCGCCGUCUGCCCUAUAAUUGGAUUAUUGCAAAAAAAAAGAGAAAACCAGAAACUUCAGACUUCUUUGUCGCCAACGUCGUCGUCGUCAUCCUCGAUAGCAGUUUCUGUCUCAGCAUUGGUGUCAUUGCUUGUGGAUUAAUUGUAGCAACACCAAAUACCAUCAUCAUCAUCGUUGGCAAUUUUACACCUUCAAGUGUUUCUUAGACAGCAACAGACAACAGCACACUAUGGCUUUCCAACGGAGCUACAGCAAGGUAUGGUGGGGAUCAGACAAUCAAUAUGCCACAAUAAGUGGCGCUACCAUGAAUCCUGCCAUCCACCAAAUGCUUACCACUUCAAACAGUGGCAGCAUAACAAGUGGCGGUUUAUAUUCGUAUUAUAGUCAACCCGCCCAGCAACAGCCACAAAAAGCUCAGCCAAUGAAGCAACAACCACAGUAUCAACCAUUUGGUGGAAGCACAUAUCAUUCAUUGGAUUUACAUCAGUACAAAGCAUAUGGAAAUUUAUCACGCAUCCAGGAAGUGGAAGAUGAAAAUAAUAUAUCAAAACUAUCUUGGGAGAAACAUGAUAGCCCUGGCAGUUUGAGGUCACAGGAUUCUGGAUUUUCAGAUAAUGAAGAAUUCCACAAUACACGCAGUUUAAGUGGUCGUUCAUCGAAAACGUCAUCGCCAAGCAGUAAAUCCAUGGCAAGUUCAAAAACGGACAUGGGUUCCCCUUCAUCCACCAGAACAGUGGAGACACCACCCACGGUGGUAAGACGUCCUGCACGUUCUGAUUAUUACACCUCUUUGGUAAAUGUUUCCAGACGUAUUUCAUUUCCAACCUCUCCAUUGGCCAACAAUAGGCAAGAGCACAGUGAAAAUAGUCACUAUGGUGAAGAGGUGGAAGAAGGUCCUUCUCUAAUGGAAAAAUUAGAUAGUAUGCAGUUAAUGAAUGAAUCGCCUGUAACGCAACCCUCGCACUUCAAUGAUUCCUUCAACAGCAGCCACAGUAGUUGUGAUGCCACUACUCCAAUCAGAGGCAACAAUCCUCGCAUAAAGAAACGUCGCAAGGUACAACGUAAGGCAACAGCGCCCCUAACACCAACACAACGACGUUAUCAAAAAUAUGAAGAUGAAGAGGCGGAGGCAGAGCAAGAAAGUGAUUUAGAGGAAUCUCGUAAAGCCAUUCCCGAAUACAACAAUGAAACAGUAUAUUUGGGUGGAGCACCACCAACAUGUUCCACUCCUCCACCUCCAUACAACAAUGAAACUGUAAUACUAGGUGGACCUUUGGAUGAUUCACAAACAACAAGUCCAAACAACACCCUCAGAUUCGAUAUGCAUGGUGUAUCACCUUUAAGAUUGCAAGAUAGGUUCAGUGGCCACACCAGCACUCCUAAAAUACAAAAAGGCUUCUCGCUUGGCUGCACCUUGCCGCCCAUGAUGGAUUGCCAUGAAUAUGACAAUACCCUACUGAAUGGUCACAGCCCAGAUGUUCAACAUUGGCUUGAUGAUUUACGUAUGUCUUAUGACCAUGAGGUUAUGUCGACACUGCAAACCAAAUCCAUAGCCCAAGAAGCCAUCAAGAAUCUGCAAAUUACAACGAGUACUGUUGCCAAAUUUAUUCGUCAAUUGCAACAAAAAGCCCUGAGGAUGCAAAACUGUUUUGAGAAAACCGAACGUCUGCUAAGCGAAGAGGCCAUUACACCUCUGGAGGCCAUAAAUGGAGCUUUACAUUUGUUGGAUAACAUUAACGAAUUCACUUAUAUACUGGAACGAAGGGUUGUAUUCUUUGCCGACUCACGCAUGGAACGUAAACGCUAUGAAGACUAUCUCGAUCAAAUUCGAAUGGUCCAUAAGGACACCCGUUACUCUUUGGAGAAUCAUCACUACAUCAAUCUUGAAUCUUUGCUCGAAGAUUUGCAAGUUUUGAAACGUAUAUUGUUAAUCAGCGUAAGACAGGUCUAUGAGAAAUUGGUGAGAAUUCUAAUACAAAGUAUUGAGAAUGGUCGUUGCGAUCUAAUGCUGAAAGCCAAUUUGAAUAUGGUGGCCACUUUAAUGAACAUUGAUUACGAUGGUUUUGCCUCACUCACCGAUGCAUUUGUACAAACUGAAGCGGUACGCACUCUAUUGGUAGUGUGUUUGGAUAAUAAACUGAGCUCGGUGAGAGCUCAAGCCCUGAGAGCAUUGGCUACCAUUUGUUGUGCUCCAGAACCGAUAUUUCAGCUCGGCCAUUGUGGGGGCAUAGAAGUGAUAAGAGAUAUUUUACAAAUUGAAGGAGGGGAUGCUAACAAGAAACCCAAAGAAAACGAGGUGAAACGUAGCGAUCUGGAAAGAAGAGAAGCUGUAUCGCUGUUAACACAAAUCACAGCGGCUUGGCAUGGACCAGAACAUCGGGUAGAUGGACUUAAGGACUGUGUGGAAACAGUCGUUGAGGGUCUAACACGUUUGCUUGUCUUUACUGAAUGUCCCCAGACAUUGCUGUUGUGUGCUGCAGCAUUGAAUAAUUUGUCACGCAUGGAAAUUACAUCACACUAUUCGAUCAUGUCGCAUGAGACUAUAUACAAACUUGUCGAAACCAUGGAGCGCAGAGACGAGGGCAUAACCGUAUUCCUUUAUGAACAAAUCGUUGCCAUGCUCUACAAUAUGUCAUUGAAUAAGAAAUGCCACAGCCAUUUGGCCAAUGCUAAUAUCGUGAAUUUCAUCACGUACGCAUACCAAACGGAAUUCUAUAAAAUCUACAGCACACGUGGCGAAAGCGAAGCCCAGCAACGUUGUAUCAAAACAAUUUUGCAUACAUUGACACGUCUGGCCCAGGACUCGGUGCUGGGCAUGGAAUUGCUCACACAACAGAAUCAUCUGCCAUCAGCUUUCUUCUUUAGUCUGACACCGAACACCACAAGCAGCACGGCGACGGAUACCCAGCGUUCACCUGAAUUCUAUGAACAGCAACAAAUGCUACCGUUGGAUAUCAGUACCAGCAGGGAUAUUUCAUUUCUAGCCCGUCAAUUAUCCGAACACCAGCAACAGCGGCAUCAUCAUCAAUACCCCGGGUUCAAGGAAAACAAUGAACUUAACAUGGAACCCAAAGAAUACGGAGGAAAUACAUUGAAAAUGCAGCUACAGCGUCAGGAAAGUUAUGUGUAACUACAUACAAGCAUAAAUAAAAGGAAGCCGAAAGGAAAACCUUACAGGCCGGUAAUAGCAGAGCCUGUCUACGAACACCUUAGCUCUUGAACGAAGCAUAUUUUUCUUCCUCAUCUUCUGAGUCAAGUGCUGCUACAAAGCAAUAAACAAUAGAAGAACGCCUAAGAUUUUGUUUGGUAAACACAACACGCCACAAAGGGCAACGACAACGACGAACGACGACGACGAGUGUACCCAGCCGGGAAGAGAUGUCACGUUUGCAGGGCAGCCACGUUUAAUCUGCUCUCAGUCAAACGUGCAUAAACGUCAUAGAGGAACUUCAGCAAACAGCCGAUGUACUUUUCAUUGUUUUUCGCAAGCAGUCACCCAGCAGCCAGCCUGUAAGCCAACAAAAACAAAAUCACCUCCUGCAAGCAUUUAAGGUUCAAUUACAUCUGAAGAGGAAAAAGUUUACAAACGUAGACUCUAGUUUAAAAUAAGUAAACGUUACACAUUUAAAUGCUAAGAGGCGUGUUUAAAUAAUGUCGAAUAAUUUAAAGACAAAAAUAACCAACCAUAAUUUUUCAAAGAAUUUAUCCAUUUAUUCACAUGCAAUAAAUGUGUUUAAGUUCUACAUAAAAAAAGAAAAAACAAAUAAUUUUUAAGAAAAAUUAUAAAUGUUAGUUUAUACAACAAAAAUGUAGUCAUGCUGUGCCAAAAAGUGUAGGAUAGUUUUUAAGAAACCCAACGCCCCCCAUUGAAGUUUUCUGUGUCUUGUAAAUAACCAAAAAUUGUAUUGUAGGUAAAAAUAAUGAACCAAAUAUUGUGUUAAACCAAGGUAUAUUGUAGGGUAGGUAUGUAAUUAUAAAAAUAAGUAAUACCUAAUAAAUAAAAUAAAUGUACAUAAAACGAAAAAUUGUUAAA